CCUACGGCACAUGCAUUGGAGCCCAACCUGCUUACAAUUCCAUUGCCAUGUCAUCCGCAUACCAUCCGUAGACAGACGGACAGACCGAGCGUCUCAACCAAAUUGUAGAGCAACUACUCCGCGCAGCCUGCAAGGACGAAAUCUUCAAGUGGGACUUGCAUCUGCCCGUCCUGAAGUUUGCCUACAAGAAUGCUACUCACGCCGCUACUGGACAGACGCCAUAUUUCCUCUGUUAUGGACGCCACCCGAUCGCCACCGCACAGACCACACCAUCACCUGUGGAAGCUGAAUCGACCAGUCUGCGGGUUGAAGCAGG